AUUAGUCCGAGUGGUCGCCUUCACUCCGCAUUUUACUGUAAUUUUUUCAGACCAAAUUUCUAGAGAGAGAAACUGUAAAAAUGAAGCGAAUUCGAUCAGAUCUCUCGUUAGUGUUUAUUUUCGCAUUUUUUGUGCUUUUCUCGACUGGUUUCUCCGAUCUCGUCGUCUCCAAACUCGAUCGCCAGAUUGAUUUAUCUUCACCGGUAGUACGGACCACAAUAUCUUUGAAGAUAGAAAACAAUGGAGCUAAUUCAGUAUCGGAAAUUUUGCUACCAUUCCCUGAACAUCAAGCAAAGAACUUUGCUUUCCUUUCAGCCAAAAUCAGUGAAGGAAAAGGAAAGACGAAAGAUUCCUCCGAUAGCAUUCCUGUUGCUAUCGCAACUCCAGAAGGAAUGCCACCAGCCAUGACUUGGUAUUCCGUUUCUUUACCCAAAGAACUGGUCAAGGGAGGAAGUUUGACUUUAGAAGUCAAAGCUGUAUUUACUAAUAUUCUAAGGCCUUUCCCCGAGAAGGUAACUCAGGCUGAUGUUCAACUUGUUGCUUUCCAAGAGAGUGCACAUUUUCUCUCUCCUUAUCGAGUUAAGUUUCAGUCACUGGCUAUUAAAUUACCAGAACCGAAAAUUGAAUCUUACACGAAAUUGGAGAAUACCAAGUUUUCUGGUUCGGAAUUAAAAUAUGGUCCCUAUGAGAAUCUUCCUCCAUUUUCGUACUCAACAGUAGUAGUUCACUAUGCGAUUAAUAAACCAUUUGCUGUUGCUCAAGAGUUGGUACGUGAGAUAGAGAUCUCCCAUUGGGGCAAUGUGCAAAUCACAGAACAUUAUAACCUCGUUCAUGCAGGUGCAGAACUCACAGGGGAAUUUUCAAGGCUCGACUAUCAGGCGCGACCUCAUGUUAGAGGGGCGUCGGCAUUAAGGAACCUUGUUGCUAAAUUACCCGCAAGAGCUCAUUCUAUUUAUUACAGGGAUGAGAUAGGAAAUAUUUCUACAUCUAAUGUGUGGAGUGAUUCUGCAAAGACACUACUGGAAAUUGAGCCUCGUUAUCCAAUGUUUGGUGGCUGGAAGACUGCUUUUACCAUUGGGUAUGGCUUGCCGCUUCGGGAUUUCUUGUUCCAGUCUGAGGGGAAACGUUUUCUUAAUAUUACUUUCGGUUGUCCAAUGAGUGAUGUUGUUAUUGAAAAUCUCACUGUAAAGGUUGUUCUACCAGAGGGGUCGAAGGAAUUUACCGCUUCUGUUCCAUUUCCUGUCAAACAGUCUCAAGAGAUAAAAUUUUCCCAUCUGGAUAUUAUUGGUAGACCAGUCAUUGUAUUAGAAAAGACAAAUGCUGUGCCAGAACAUAAUCAACAUUUUCAGGUCUACUACAAAUUCAGCAAUCUUUCCCUCCUUAGCGAGCCGUCAAUGUUGAUUUUCGGGUUUUUUCUGUUUUUUGUUGCAUGUGUAGUAUAUACACAUGCAGACUUCACAAUCUCAAAGACUUCACCUUCUUAUUUAGCAAAGCUUCAGUGGGAUGAGGUCCAAACUACAAUUCAGCAGUUCCUAAAUAUCAUGAACCGUUGUUUGAUUCUUCAUGACAAGCUAGAAGCAUCGUUGCGUGAUCUUUCAAGAACCGGUGAUGUGCAGGCCUGCAAAGCCGCACGCAAAUCUGCCGACAGUUUGCUUAAGGAGCUGCCGAAGGAGUUGAAACCCUUGUUGUCAUUCUUGCAAUCUUCUCCACAAGCAGUUCAGAUAACUCCCAAGGUGGAAGAAUUGAUAACAAAGGAGAGGGAGUUGCAAGAAAAGCUGAUGUUGAAACACUCCACAGUCGUAGAGGCUUUUGAGAAGAAAUCCGGUGCUCGAGAUAUCGACAGUCGCGUGGCUGCAGUUCAGCAGAAAAUUACACUCUUGAGGCAGGAAGUCGACGAUCUUCUUAAAGUGAUAGACGAGAUAUAAAUGUUAGGGUAAAAAAACAAUUCUAGGUACCGGAGUUUUUUUCGACUUUAGAUUAUUUUGUCGAAAAUUGUUGUUUUGACUUUGAAAUAUAGAUUUGAUCAGUUUUGGACCUAAAAUGAAUACGGAUUCUAGAAUAUGACAAAUACGAGACUUAGGAUCAUCAUCUGCCUUGGUAUUAUCAUUUUUUACUCUUGGUUUGUUUACGGUAAGUCGAACUAAAAAAGAAUUGGUUCACUCUUUGAUUUUUAUUCUACGAAUCAUUGAAAUAUUCGAUCAUUUAUCCGACUAGGGUAAUUCAAUAGGUUACCAUUU